UUAGAGAAUUAACACGCGAGUCUGUGGGGACCCACUCACUUUCAGCCGGCCUCAUGUGGCCAUCAGAGGACCUGCAGCCUUGGUGGCCACUGCCUGUUUUCCACUUAGAUCAUUAGUUCAGACUGCAGGAUACACACCUGCAGUGUGUGUCGGCUCCUGGACAGAUGUGCAUCUAUCUCGUGGGCGUAACUUUUAUAGUGGGCGUGUCCGGAUGUCCUGAUGUCAGCUGCUGAAUUCAUGGUAACUGUGACAUCUUUGAUAUUGAACACAUUUGAAACAAAAAGAAUGCGUUAAGGUUCCAGUUUACUCACAAAUAUCGAGCCUGUGCUCAUAAAAAAGGUUAAUUUUUAUUUUUCGUAUGUUUUUCACAGAAUCAGGAUAAAAGCUGAUUUUGGACCGAGUGUCAGUGCCGUCACUGCGCCCCCCUCCUCUUCCUCCUCCUCCUCUCAGCAGACGGACGCAUCCAUGGAGAUCCUGUGCAGCCUUCCUCAGCAUUACCACUUCCAAAACCACAUUCCAACAUGACAUAAGAAGACAGACCGGCUUUUCUAAGCAGCAGCUCGAAGCCUUUUGGUCCGUUUCUUUCUUUCCUUUCUUUUUCUUUUCCUCAGCAUCCCAUUAGCGGUGCCAAUCUUAACUUUCUGCCCGCUUCCUCUCUCACUUCUUUACCCGUCUCCGGGAGAGAAGUCAGUUCCCCGGGAAUUAAAGGAGGUCGUUGGGUUUUCUUCUUUUCCUUUUCGCUUCUUUUUGGUACUUCUUGGAUGCGCAUGGAUGUGGCAGCAGCGGAAGCGGGGACGUCUCUGCCGGGUAUCCGACUCCGGAAUCGGGCGAAGCAAGUGAUGCCGAAUCAGAAGAAGGUGAAAGCGCGGCGGAAACGGCGAAAGGAGCUGGUUUUAAUCCAGAUCUGCUUGUUCGGCGGUUUGCUCCUGGUCGUUAAAGGGUUUUCCUCCUUAGCGGAAAAUUCAGGUUUUGAUGUCUCCAGCCACAGCAGCGAGGACCAGGAGAGGUGGAUCGGAAGGAGGCUGCUGCAGGACACGGACAACAACAGCAGCGAGGAGACAGAUUUACAAAAAGGAACAAAGAACUGCACUCCUCCAGCUCUGCACGAGUUCCCUACGGACCUGUUCACGAACAAAGAGAGGACAGAAGGAGCCGUGGCCUUGCAUGUCCUGUGUACCAUAUACAUGUUUUGCGCUCUGGCCGUCGUCUGCGAUGACUACUUCGUCCCCUCCCUGGAGAAGUUAUGUGAGCGUCUCAAUCUCAGCGAGGACGUCGCAGGUGCAACCUUUAUGGCCGCUGGCAGCUCGGCUCCGGAGCUCUUCACAUCCAUCAUAGGAGUUUUUAUCACCCGUGGCGACGUCGGCGUCGGGACCAUCGUGGGCUCAGCCGUCUUCAACAUCCUCUGCAUCAUCGGCGUGUGUGGCUUCUUCGCCGGCCAGGCGGUGAAGCUGUCUCACUGGGCUCUACUCCGAGAUUCGAUUUAUUACACGUUUUCUGUCACUGCCCUCAUUGCGUUCAUCUACGAUGAGCAGGUGUGCUGGUGGGAAUCUCUUGUCCUGAUCCUGAUGUAUGCGGUCUACAUCCUCAUCAUGAAGUUCAACGGCCGGGCCCAUCGCUACUUCGACCGUCGAAAGAAAGGCUCGGUGAAUCUGGCCAAUGGGCUCACGGGAAGCACUGAUCUGGAGGACGUCACGUGUGACGCCACUGCAGUCCUGCUUAAAAAAGCGAACUUCCACUGCACGCCGUCUGUGCUGAUGGUGGAUGAGUUGCUGUCUGCCUACCCCCACCAGCUGUCUUUCUCUGAGGCCGGCAUGAGGAUCAUGAUCACCAGUCAUUUCUCCCCGAGAACCCGGCUCACCAUGGCCUCUCGGAUGCUGAUCAAUGAGAGACAAAGACUGAUCAACACCACGGAGACUCGAGUCAAUCGCAUCACGAAUGGUGACUCUGAGUCUGCAGCCAGGGCGCAAGGGAGGCGGGGCCUAGAGAAUGGGAUGGGCGGAGUCGAGCAGGGUGUGAACGGGAGGUGCAGACUUCAGCGGCUGGAGAAUGAGACGGAGAAUGAAAAUGAGGACAACGAGAACAAUGAGAAUGACGAGGAAGGAGAGGAAGAGGAUGACAAAGAGGGCCCCCUGGUGCCCUUUAAAGUUCCAGCGGGUGUGUGUAACAAGCUCAAGUGGCUGAUCAUGUGGCCGUUGUCCCUGCUUCUGUUCUUCACGGUGCCCAACUGUGGCAAGCGCCGCUGGGAGAGGUGGUUCAUGGUCUCCUUCUUCACAGCCACCAUCUGGAUCGCCGGCCUCUCGUACAUCAUGGUGUGGAUGGUGACUGUGAUUGGCUUUACUCUCGGCAUCCCUGACGUCAUCAUGGGCAUCACCUUCCUCGCAGCGGGCACCAGCGUCCCAGACUGCAUGGCUAGUGUCAUAGUGGCGCGGCAAGGUCUGGGAGACAUGGCCAUCUCCAACUCCAUAGGCAGUAAUGUGUUUGACAUCCUGGUGGGUCUGGGUCUGCCCUGGGCGCUGCAAACGCUCUGCAUCGAGACGGGCUCCAUCAUCGAACUUAACAGCAGAGGACUCAUAUACUCCGUGGCACUCCUACUGGCCUCAGUAUUCUUCACAGUCCUCGGCGUCCAUUUGAACAAGUGGACUCUGGACUGGCGACUGGGCUUGGCCUGCCUCAUCUUGUACGCCAUCUUUCUGUCCUUCUCCGUCCUCAUCGAGUUCAACGUUUUCACUUUCGUCAACCUCCCCAUGUGCAGAGACAUCCACUGACCCUCCCGCCUUCUCCUCUUCUUCUUCUUCUUCUUCUACUAAUUCUUCCUCUGGCUGAUGGGGGAACCUCACCUGGCUUCCAGUUUCAUGGCACCUCCAAACAAAGUCCUACCUAUUACUUAAUAGAAAAAUAGAGUUCUGUAUGAUUUAUAUUUGGUGCAAUACACACGAGUGGCGGACAGAAGGACGUCGGAUGUUUUGGGGUUAUUUUCUGGAGGUGCGAAGAGAAAGUGCCAGCGGCGGGAUUGCUGCCAAUCAUGUAUAAUGAACCAAAACGUUGGCUGGAGUGAACUUAACUGUAUUAAUGCCGACAAUUAGGCUACUGUUGGUGAACAAGCUGCUACUGUAACUGACUGACUGAGGCGAGAAAAGAGAGAAGUCAGCGAUUUUUAGCUGGAUUGUUUGUUACUCUUUCUACAAGUUUGGAUAUAAAGCACACGAUUAAGUAAUUUUUAAGCAAAAACUGGCUUUCUGUGUAUAUAUUAGAAGUACUUCUAUCAGCUUUUGUGUGGAAUCCUCUUAUGCACAACUGGAUCGGUCUUGCAAAGCCGAAAUAUUCUGUGUUUUCCUUUAGGCUCAAAAUGCUUCAACAUGUCUCCUUCCAGCCCACACAGCAUGCUGUAACAGCCACAGCUCUAGCUUUGCACUGUCACAGAGAUAUUUAUCACAUAAAGUCUGCUCUUGGCUGUUUUGUUUUGUUUGUCGUACCUGAGUAGAUGUGGGCUUUAAAUUUUCCCACACAAUGAAAGGGAUCUACCUGGAACUGACAUCCAGCACCGUCACUUUAUGGAUUAGAGAUUUAUUUCUUUUAAUAUUCUAUUGCAAAGCGUCUGCAGGUAAACAUGUAACUACUGAAGUUAAACUUCCCUGUAGGCGGUAGACGUCUCGUACUUUAUUGAAAAGUUAGCUUUUAGUCUCAGUCGAGUGUAACGUUAUUCCUUAAAGCCAAAAGUAUUUUUAGAUUAGCCGAACUUGUAGAUUUGGACUUAAGAGUCGAAUGCACAGCGUGUUUGUGUGUGUGUGUGCGUGAGUGAGCGCGUGCCACAAUCUGGAGCAGAUGCAAAGCAUGCCGAGGAUGUAACUGGGAAGACGUAAUCGUGAUUUAUUUAUGAAUUAAUUUAUUCGAAGAUCACGUCUGACCUCCAGUUUCAGCCUUUUGGAUCGUGUACAGUGAUUUCAGUGGAAGCUGUGUACAAUGUACUGUACCUAAUAUAUAAUCUAAGUACUGGAAACUGACUUGAUGUUGUUUAUAUUUAAGAAUAGAACUUUAUAAUUUAUAAGUUUUGUAUAGUUUGGAAAUGUUGCAUUUAUAUUAGUUUAAACACAGUGGAUUUGGAGACAAAGGAUGGAAAUGUCAGCCUUUACAAACCUCUCACAUGUUCUGAUAUGUCGCCCUCACGUGUUAAAUUAGGGAUGAGAUGCAGAUGUAACGGAUUUCUUUUCAGGAAAAACACCAGACUUUGAACUUUCACAACAGUGCUUCAAUUACUGUGCCGUCUCUUGUAUUUGAGGCUCGUGGCUGUUCUUCUCUGCGUAUUUGAGCACCACUGUUAGAACAUUAUGGUCACAUUGUUGCAGCAUGUGUUCAAAGAAAAUGUGGACUUUUUAUUUCAGUUCUUGAAUCUGAUCAAUUCAAAGCGUCCUGCAGUCACAGGAUGGCGCUGUAGAGCUGCGCUAUGCCUUCAGCGAGGCUGCGCUUUGGGUGUGUGGGGGGAUAUUUUCAGGUAGGCUACGUAGUGACAUAUACUGUUCGGUUUUGCAUGCCUCUUUCAUAGUUCUGAUUAUUUUGUGUGUAAUUUUAAUGCAACAUCUUAAAGGCACUGUCUUGAUUAUGCUGUACAUAUCAGGAGGAAUAUGCUAUCAUAAACGCAGGUGUUGGAAUAACUUCUGAUGAGCAGUUAUAUUUGAGAUAUAUACAGUAUUUAGGAUGUAGGCCUACAGCACUUAGUUUCAGCUAAUUCUUGUCAUUUUAUGCUCAUGUCUGUUAACUUGUUUGUAAAUCCUCAUUUUUGUUGAUGAGGAGCUCUGGGCAGGGACAGAUGGACACCUUCACCUUGUUCCCAGUGAUCUUCUUGCAAUAAAUUGAUUUACAUACACA